UAACGCGUCUCAAUGACUUGGACUAAAUUCACAACCCAUAACCGUCGCAAAACGAACGAAAGAUGGGCUUGAGUGAAUGCAUGCAUACUACUACUACUACUCUUUUGAUGGAAAAGUUGCAUCUAAGGGCUUCCACGCAGGAUGGCAACUAGUCGUGAGGAGCGCAUGAACGAGAGGCUGCGCGGAGGCCGAGUUCACCAAGUGGAGGAUAUAUCAUUUGGCGAAUUCGUUCUACUUGAUGAAGAAGAGCCAUUAGCUGAGCCAGCGUCAGAACCUUUGGAAGUCGAGAAAGAGAUAUCUGCUGCAGGCUCAGAUCAACCACAAUCGCCAUCAGAAAGAGUUGCAACCAGUCCUCAGGAUCCUCAGGAUGUAUCACAGCCAGGUCAACUUUCAAGAACCGAGGUCGCGGCAACUUCUUCCCCUAAUGACGGCCAAGGGACGCCUGAUGCUGCAAACGAUCAAGCCAGGCCUCCCAACGGUAGCGUCUCCCGAUCAGCAAAGAAGUCAUCAAAACCUUUGGAGGAGGUAACGGAGAGCCCAGCCGACGCUCCAGGCAGUGGGCACAGGAGGAGAGUACCGGCACGCAUUAGCGCUGCUGCCAACCAGAGUACGAUUCUACAACAGUAUCUAUCAUCAGCCCAACGGGAUCCUGAUCAUACUGUUGAUUCUUCUUCGCCAGCGGAGAGGAGAUUACGAGCAAAGAGACUGUCAGCAGCCAACAGGGCCGGCCCCGUAGUACCGGCAUCAUCGUCAUCCAGGAGAAGCGCCAGGUUAUCACAGGUUUCUGAUGAGGCUGUGGUCGAUGAGACGAGGGGCGCAGAUCUAGAUGCUACGGGCAAGGACUCAGAUAUUACAGCCAAUGAACUGUCUCCUGAAAAUCCGACGGUGACAGCGACAGUAACUGUUACACAGUCCUCUCCGAUUGCCAGGAUACUACAGAAGACACGAGGAAGAGCAAGACCGCGAAUCUCACAACAUAAGGUCAUCGAGGCUACCAGCCCGGUGCUUGAACAGGAGCCUCAAAAGCAGCCGGCCAUCGAGGAGGAAACCAUUAAUGAGCUAUCUCCGAUACCGUCUGAAGGCUCACAAGGAGCGGAAAGUAGUUCAGGAUCCGCCCCGCGUCCUGGGGAUACCCAUAGCCAUCCCAACUCUGGGGAUGCGGAGGAGGGUGAGGAAUCUGUGGAGGCUGAAGAGACGAACGACCAAGAGGCAGCUUUAAGACUGGGUCCAAAGCGUCCUCGUGCCGAUCUUCUGGAUGCGUCUCCAGACUUGAGCUCAACCGCAGAAGAACGGCAGCCAAAGGGAGCAAAGCGUCGCCGGGCGGCACCUCCGGCGACGAGUCCGGCAGUACAGAAACAGCCUGCGACAAAGGCGUUAAAAUCAAAAAGAAAUCAGAAGCCGGGCCCAGGCCGCUCAAAGGGGAAGAAAAUAGCGCCGACAUACGAGAGCGAGGGCGAACAUCAACGGGGCGGUUCCAUCCAAAUCCCUGUUCAACGAUAUACAAGACCAAAACGAGUCGGCACUGAUGACGAGGACGACGCAGCAGACGAUGAAAACGAAACGCUGGGUAUGACUAUACCUUUUGCGGGUCGUGAAGGCGUCAACUCUGUUGAUGUCCUUUCACAAUUAUGUGAAGAGGUGACGGCGAAUGUAUUGAGAAGCCUCCGGAAGAAAGCUUCCGAGGUGGAAGAAGCUACGACGAGGAAAGAACUCAAGAUAAAGAUGAGUGCAGUAGAGGCGUUUCGAGAGGAGCUGCGGACCAAUAUGCUCGAGCAUACUAUUGCACUUGAUAAUCUUCAGACUCUUCGGAGACGUCUCCGAUCAGCACAGAGGGAGAAGCGCCUACUGCGCGAUCAGAUCCUCAACGUCAGAAAGGAGCGUGAACAGGUCGCGCUACGCAGAGACGCGCUUCGGAUGAAACAUGAAAAUGAAAGCCAAAAGGUCAUGCAUCGCCUCCACAUCUCAUCUACUAUGCAAGACAUCGAGCUUGCCGUUGAGGAGGGUCGAUCAGCACCCGAGCUUUCGACAAAAGAACAGAAACAAGCCGAUUUGGCGAAUCUGGAGCUGCUCAUGCUCAGAGUAGGAGACCAGAUCCGUCCAAAUGGGCAUGGCCUUGGUGUGCUGGACCAAGUGAAGAGUUUCAAUGCGUACCUUGAAAGGGCUGCAGCCGCACUUCAAGGUAGAUGAGGGCCCUUCUGGCUGUAUGAAAACUGAUGACUGAUGAUCUUUAUCUUGUGUUGCGGCGUUAAAUACCAACCAUUGUGGCUAGUUAUUAACUAUUAUUAAGGGAUCAAGACAGCAAGGAAACGCGUUUUACAGUCCUGUACAUUUUCUAGUCUCGUAGUCCUCAUGGCUGUACACUUAUUUACAAAUAUUACACACCUGUGGCAGCACCAGUUGUGGGUGACUCGCACACAUUAAACAACAUAGGAAACCCAGAGAUGGGCUCAUUUAUCGUUGCCGCCGUUUCCUUUCCACAUUCCGGAGACCUUAUCCAGGAUAGUCUCCUGGCCUUCCUUCUUCCGCUUCUCCCUGUCCUUUUCAUUCUCUUUCCAUAAAUCCUGGAUCUUGUGUCCAACCUCUGCCUUUGCCCUGUACUCGGCCUUGAUGGCCUCCUCCUCCAUGGCCCGCUCCGCCUCUGGGAUCUUGGCCAGUCUCUGCUGCAUCUCCUUCCGCUGCUCUUGCGAAAGUUGGAACUUGUCGUCCUCUGCCGCGAUAAUGGGUUUUAUGGGCAGGGGAGCAAACUGCGGGAUGGGCCUCUUUUCGGCCUUGGCCUUCUCUAUGGCUUCCUCCUGCUCAAUCAUGCGGUGAUAGAGGGCAUCUGCGUGCAUCUGAAUAUCUUCAUCGACGGAAGGUGGCCUGUCGUAGGUUGAAAGAUAACCAAGAGUCUUCAAUAGCCUCUCCUGCAUCGAGUAGCACCUCUCAAAUUUUUUGACCUUCUUGCUGCACAUGGUCAACUUGGCCUCCCAGCUGCCAUUGUUCAUGCAGUCGCGCCAUUCAAACUGCUCCAGGGCGCAGUUCUCGAGCGCCGCGCGCCCAAUCUGCUCCUUGCGCGAUUUGUAGGCCUCCAAGACGUCCUGGAGCUUCUCGUGGUCGGUCUUGCUCUCGCUCUCAAUCUCGUCCAGCGGUCGGUAGUUCUUCCACAGGUGAGCGUACCGCCCGUCCUGGUACAGGGACUCCUUCGGUACCACAUUUGGUUUGUCUGCCGCCGCUGAUGAAGAUGUCGAUGAGGAAGAUUGUGAAUCGGUCUUUUGUGCAGCCGCGGCGGCUUUCGCAUCGGCCUCUUGUUUUUGUUGCUGUUCUCUUCUCUGCCUUUCUUCUUCUUGGGCCUUUUGCAGCUUGACGGGCGACUCCUUGUCGAGAAACUCGCGGAGCUUGGGAUCGAGCUUUUCCAAUGGGUCGGCAGCCUUGCCCCCAAAGAUGCUUUCGUACCACCCCAUCCUGAGCUACGAAGAAAUUAAUCCCCACUGCAGUGAUAUCAGCUCAUAAUACAGCUUGCGCUGCUUUUUGGUGAAAAAAAAAAAAGGCGUAUGCUAUAUGAGGUUCCCAUGAAAGAAAGCUCGUCGCGCGUAGGGGCUGGUCGUGACGUUG